AUGAGAGGUCGUUUUAAACGGCUUAGUGAAAAUGCACAAAAGUGGGUUGGUAUAUAUCGGGAAGCAUGGCGUCGAAGAAGAAGUGGAACGAGUAGAAAAGAUAUUGAAAAUGAAGCUCAUAAACUUUAUGAGGCAAGUGGGAACAAGUUUAACGACAUUAUUGUUUUUAAUGAAGUUGAACGAGCAUUUGGAGUUCUACAAGCUCGUUUUGCAUGUCUUCGACACCCAUGUCUUUUGUGGGACAAGGAUAUGAUGGGGAAAAUUAUGAUUGCAUGUAUUAUCAUUCAUAAUAUGAUUGUGGAGGAUGAACGUUGUACAUACCUUCACUAUUAUGAUCCAUCCGAAUUUCUAAAUGACAGGCCUACAAACCGGAAACGAAGAACCUAUAUUGAAGACGACAAUCAAAAUUUAGAAUAUUUCACUCAACGAAUUGCAGACCUAUCCAGUUAUAUGACCAAUAGGGCAUAA